CACCAAUCAGCUCACAGAAGAGCCAGGCCUUACAACUCUGUAACCAUGGGUGAAGAUUGCAGCGAGCUGUUAAAUGGUGACUGUGAGGCGGCACGGCAGACUAGCAACAUCACCUUUAGCACCGGGAUAAGCCCCACCUCCAACGUGCGCAGGAAGCAGCUGCUGUGGCAGAACGCCGUCAGGAACAUCAUUGACCAGCACAACCUGUACACACUGAGGCUCGCUGGGGGUCUGGAGCGAGGCAAGCACCGUAUCAAAGUCACCGAUGCCUACAUCGCGGACAUCAACAGGCAGAUCCGCAAUAAAGCGUCUCGUGGAGUAUUUUGGCAGAAGCGCCGUUCGUCAGCAGCUCGCAUUCACCCAACAGUCACCACAGCAACACAGAGCAAACACGACCCACUCAGUGAUGCUGACUUCUUUGUGUCGUCUGGGUGGACGGUGCGAGGCGUCUUCAUCCCCACACUGCAGCACAAAUUCAAGUCUGCAGACUUGGAGCAGCUCUACCAGCAGUUCUCCUCGGCUCAGAGAAGAACCUCACUGGUCGUCACUGUUGUCGUUGACAUCCUGACCCGCCUUCUUGUCUCAUUGCUAACAUGGCCGCUGGGCUGGUGGGGCAUGGCCUGUGAUUGGCUUACCGGCCUGUCUGUAGUCUUGUGGAUAGGAAUCUGCCUGGUGGUUCUGACCAGAAAGGAAGUCUUGUCAUCACCUCAGUGGCUUAGGUAUCUGUCAGUGGUCAGCUGGCUGUCUCAGACCUUCCAAGUGCUGAUUGGUGUUUUCAGUUGGGCGGAGAGCGAUCACUCUUGGUAUGUCUUCUUCACGCUUUUCUCCACUUACACCCUCCUGCCCCUCCCCCUCCUCUGGUCCAUCAUUGCGGGGGGAACCACCUCCACUCUGCACCUCCUGGUGGAUUUCUGCUGUCACUAUAAUGACCACAGCUUCAUCAGAAAGGUGUUGUCCAAGGCUCUGCUGUAUCUGGCUAUGAACACUGCGGGUCUGUUCAUUCACUACCUGUCUGAUUGGACUCAGAGACAGUCUUUCCUGGAGACCAGGCGCUGUAUCGAAGGACGAGUCAGACUAGAGAGGGAGAACAACAGACAAGAACGCCUGGUGAUGUCAAUCCUACCUCGAUUUCUGGUUCUGGAGAUGAUUGGUGACAUGGCCGUCAUGGAAGAUUAUCUGCUGCCUCAGCAGUUGCACAAGAUCUACAUUCACCAUUACAAGGAUGUCAGCAUCCUGUUUGCAGACAUCAUCGGCUUCACAUCGCUGUCAUUGAUUCUUUCGGCUCAGGAUCUCGUUAAAACUCUCAAUGAACUCUUUGGUCGCUUCGACAGGCUGGCUGAGGAGCACCAGUGUUUGCGCAUUAAGAUUCUGGGUGACUGUUAUUACUGCGUAUCAGGAGUCCCAGAGCCUCAGAGAGGACAUGCCCGGUGCUGUGUGGAGAUGGGCCUCAGUAUGAUCAACACUAUACGUUACGUUCGUCGGGAGCUCCAGCAGGAGGUGGACAUGCGAAUAGGCGUCCACUCUGGCUCCGUCCUUUGUGGUGUUUUGGGUCUUCAGAAGUGGCAGUUUGACAUCUGGAGCUGGGACGUGGACGUCGCCAACAGUUUGGAGGCUGCAGGAGUGCCUGGUCAGGUUCACAUCUCCCAGGCCACUCUGGAUUGUCUGGGUGGGAUCUAUGAGACGGAGGCGGGACAUGGCCAGGAGCGUAGCGAGUUUCUACGGAAACACAACAUCGACACGUACCUGGUCCGUCCGGCAUCGAAGGAAGAUGUGGAGCCGCCUAAAGCAAGGCGCCCCAGUUAUGACGAGAUAACAACGUGGAGUGCUGAGCUGCCAUUUGGAGACAUCCUGGGAAAGAAUUUUAUCCUUGCUACUUUUACCAAUGGUUCACUGACCCAGCUGCCCAAUCAUAUCGCAGCUCAGCGCUCAGGAACACGGGAGGUGAACAAGAGGAUUCGCCAGGCCAUGGAGGUGCGCAGCAGUGAGCGAAUGAGGAAGGAGCACAUCACCACCUUUACUCAGGUGUUUAAGGACUCCCAUGUGGAGGGAAAGUAUUCUCAGAUGAGAGACGAACUCUUCAAAUCUAACAUGGUUUGCUCCUUCAUUCUGCUGCUGCUUUUAAUGACAGUCCAGGUGCUAAUCCCAGCCCCAAGAUUGUGUCCAAUGGUCGUUCAGUUUGUGGUCAGUGGCGGCAUUUACUUCCUGCUCCUGCUGCUGACUCUGGGGGAGGAAUUUAAGCAUUGUCCUGCUCCCCUCCAGUCAAUCUGCUGUUGGGUUCAUGAAAACAAGAGUGCUCGCAUGCUGCUCACACUCACUGCCAUCACUGUCAACUUUGGAAUCGCCUCUGCAGACAUUCUGUGGUGUGAUUCAUCAGAAACUGACAUCAGCAACACGGACUCCCUGCUGCUGUGGUGUGAUUCAUCAGAAACUGACAUCAGCAACACGGACUCCCUGCUGGCUCCGCCUCCCUCGGCUUGGACCGAUAUCAACAUUUGCACAUAUCCAGAGUACAUGGUUCUAAGUGGCGUGGUUGCUAUGGUUACCUGUGCCGUGUUCCUCAGACUGAGCUGCGUGUUGCAGCUGGCCGUUCUACUGCUGUUUGCUGCCCUCUACACCUACAUAAUCAAGAAUUACAGGUCUCAUCACUUGUGCAGGAAUGGAGUCUGUGUUGUUCUUAUGCUGAUGUUUGUGGUGGUUGUCCUCUUCAACAGCAGACAGCUGGAGGCGACAGCACGGCUGGACUUCCUCUGGGGCCUUCAGGCAAAGAAGGAGGUGGAGGACAUGAAGGAGCAGCGGGAGCACAAUGAGUGUCUGCUGCUCAAUAUCCUGCCCGCACAUGUUGCCCAGCACUUCUUGGAGAGAGACCGCAAUGAUGAGCUCCUGGAUGAAUGCUACUUUCAGCAGGUGGAGAAGAUCAAAACCACUGGCAGCUGCUACAUGGCAGCUUCAGGCCUCUCACCUGACAGGCAGGAUUGUGAGGAUGGCUGGAAUCACCUCAGUGAAUUGGUCCUGUUCGCACUUGCUAUGCAGGAAACUCUCAAACACAUCAACACACAGACAGGAAACAACUUCCAGCUCCGUGUUGGUGUGGCUCACGGUCCGGUGAUAGCAGGUGUGAUUGGAGCCACCAAACCUCAAUACGACAUCUGGGGGAUGACGGUGAACAUGGCGAGCAGGAUGGAGAGCACCGGUGUGAGCGGGCGGAUACAGGUCUCAGAACACACCAGCUCUAUUCUGGUUGAACGAGGCUUUCUGAGGCAGCUCAGAGGGGACGUUUAUCUCAAAGGGAUUAGUGAACGCCACGGAAAGGUUCGAACAUACUUCGUGAGCAGUGGGGAGGAGCGAUCCAGCUUCAUAGAGCGUGGUGGGGGGCGGGGCUUCAGCCUCAAUAGGAAUACACUGGGAGCUGUGGUCUACAGUUUGGUUCAAGCCCAGAAAAGGGAGAAGAUGAGGGAGGAGAACGGAGGCUUCCACCUGGUGGAGGCGUCGUGAGGAAAAGAAAAAGGUUUGGUUUUGAGGGUAAAAGGUAAAAUUGUCAACAUUUGUGAAAGCUGAAAUGUUGAAGGGGGUAAGGAGUUUGAACAUUCAUCUGCAUCGUCUUAAAGUAAAGGAAAGAUCAGUAAUGAUGGUGAUGGAUUGUCGUACUUUUGCUCUGUGUUUUGGAACAAACAGCUCCUGUGGUGCUUUGCGGAGCAAAGCUAACAACAUGGAAUCAUGGAUGUGCAGAUUAAACAUCACUAAUCACUGAGACACUGAAGGAAAGUUAAAAGUAGACAGAUUCUCAGGGGACCUCUCAUGUGUCGGUUUCUCUGGUUUCUAAGUGGAUUCCUGAAGGUUUAUUCUGGAUAUUCAAGCAGCCUUCCUUUAUAAGACUCGUCAUUCUGCCAAGACUUCGAUGCAGAAAAACAUUCAUGUUUUAUUUUAUGUGUUUGUAUAGGUCUGAUUUCCUCAUAUGAAACUAUGGGUUCUAAGUCAAUACAAGAUUAUAGUUACAUUUUUAAAACAACAUGUAACUUUUUACAAAACAUAUUU